AUGAGUGAUGCCGGCGGCGGCGCCCGGGGCCACGGCGGCCCCGGCGGCGGCCCCGGCGGCGGCGCCUCGCCCGGGCGGCCCCGCGGCGGGGCGGCGGGCGAGGGGCGGCGGGAGGCGGCGGCCGCUCGGCCGGCCGCGCUGCUGCGCUGGGACGAGGUGCCCGACGACUUCGUGGAGUGCUUCAUCCUGUCGGGCUACCGGCGGCUGCACUGCUCGGCGCAGGAGUGCCUGGCCUCGGUGCUGCAGCCCACCAACGAGACGCUCAACUUCUGGACGCACUUCAUCCCGCUGCUGCUCUUCCUCAGCCGCUUCUGCCGCCUGCUGCUGCUGCGGGGCGCCGGGGACGUGCCCUUCCACCACCCGGCCCUGCUGCCCCUCUGGUGCUACGCCUCGGGGGUGCUGCUCACCUUCGCCAUGAGCUGCACGGCCCACGUCUUCAGCUGCCUCUCCCCGCGCCUCCGCGCCGCCUUCUUCUACCUGGACUACGCCUCCAUCAGCUACUACGGCUUCGCCAGCACCGUGGCCUACUCCUACUACCUGCUGCCCCGGCUGAGCCUGCUGGACGCCGGCGCCAUGAGCCGCUACCUGCAGCAGCAGCUGGGCUGGCAGCUGGACUGCAGCCUGCCCAUCGCCGCCUACCGCGCCCUGGUGCUGCCCGUGGCGCUGGCGCUGGCCGUGGGCUGCACGGCCGCCUGCUGCCGCAGCCGCGCUGCCUGCUGCGCCUACCCCUUCGCUGUGCGCACCUUCGUCUUCGCCAUGCCGCUCAGCAUGGCCUGCCCCAUCAUGCUGGAGAGCCUCCUCUUCGACCUGCGCGCCCGCAACCCCACGCUCUUCGUCUACUUCUACCGGCGCUACUGCUGGCUGCUGGUGGCCGCCUUCUUCAACGUCAGCAAGAUCCCCGAGCGCAUCCAGCCGGGGCUCUUCGACAUCGUGGGGCACAGCCACCAGCUCUUCCACAUCUUCACCUUCCUCAGCAUCUACGACCAGGUGCACUACGUGGAGGACGGGCUGGCCACGUUCCUCCAGGCGCCCCCGGCCGCCCCCACCUAUCUGGGCACCGUGGGCUACAUGCUGCUGCUGAUGCUCUGCCUGGCCGUGGUGGUCCGCAGGUUCCUCAAAGGCUCAGACCUCUGCAAGCAGGACUAGCCGGGCCAGUGACCCUCAGGUGGGCGAUCCUCAGCCCGGCCCUACCACAUCUCGGAAAUGCUGCGAAACCGGGGGCAAACGCACCCGUGGGAGAGCCAGGUCCCUUUUGCAGAGGGCUGCCGGAGAAAACGACCAUGGAGGAACUGCUCGUACUCUUUGGACUACUAGGUUACCAGGGGAAGCAAGCAAACGCUUACUGGUACGUUGCUGCUUAGGGUAUAAGCUGAAAUAAUUUAGCUCUGCUACUAGGAAGAUUGCAUGGACUGUGAAUGCCACUAACUAAUUUUGGAACAAUUAGGUUUAAAUCAGCUCUGUGUGUGUGUGUGUGUGUGUAUAUAUAUAUAUAUAUAUAUAUAUUGUAGCUAUAUAUUUAUUAGCUACAUAUAUAGAUAUAUAUAUAUACACACACACAUGAAGACACACUUGUGCAAUGAUUACUCAUAGACUUUUAAUCAAUUCCUGUGCGAAAUUUCCUGGCAGAUUAUGCACUGACAUUCAUCUUCUUCUGUGAUACUGUAACAGGCCUUUGCAGUCACAUACUGGAUUUUAAAUGCACACAAAUUGACAGCUGUGUAUAGUUUUUAAGGUCUUGCAGUCUUUUCAGCCAGGGAACAUCAUAGAUUUUACAGAGAGAGAGAGAGAGAGAGAGAGAGAGAGAGAGAGAGAAGUAAAAACAGCUGUGAAUUACGACAGAAUUAUCUGCCGAUGGAGACACUUUAAUUAGACCAGCAGUGAGGCUUGAGUGGUUGGUGUAGCCACUCAGGUACUAAAAGAAAAUACAAGGAUAUGUAAAAUCACUGAAUCAGAAAGGGGUCAAACUGGUUUGGGGGCGCGAGGGGAGAAGGGCACUGCUUAAUGGCAUGGCUCCUUCCGCAGCAUGUCAGCAACAUCCAUCACGUUAAUGGGGUAGCUCAGGGGUUCCCCUACCUCCCCGGCAAAUCACCCCCAAGUCAGUCCUGUAGCGUUGAAGUCGGAUGCCAGAUUUUCUCUCAGUCGGCCCUGCCAAGCUCAGCAGGAGUUUUGUGGAGAUAAAGAGAGCAACUGAUCCAUGAGAUCUCACUCUGGGUCUUCUAAGGAAUUACAUGGAACCGAUUUCUUGUGCUCUUUAAUGAGAGCCCUCCGUCAGACCCCACCGUCCGCCAGCUCGCUGCAGAAUGAGCUAUUGCUGAACGUGAGCGCGGGAGGUAGGACCUGGCCCCGGGAAUACUGCGUAUCGGCGCUUUCACAUCGUUCCCUGCCUUUUCCUAUUUUGAUUAGUUAUGGCUGCAGCUGGGUGUUUUCAAGUCCUCACUCAGUAGGUUUGGGGGGUUUCAAAGAGAAGAAUUAUGAGAUAUUUUCCAAAGCAGUAUCUUUCUCGCAUGACAAACAGCUAACUGCAGACUUACCUUACUCUCCCUGCUAAGAGAAACCUCUGUAAACGAUAUGCAGAUUUUAAACAGGUGCAUUUUGAUUUUGUCUGACAGGAUGAGUAAUAAGUAUGCAAUAAUGUUACACAAGGGGAUUACAGCCUGGAGUUCACGUGAGGGACUGCUUGUAUAUCCCAUUUUCAAAAACAAGGGUGGGUUCCUUAGGGAACUCUGUGCAUACCACACAAUGACUUAGUGGCUCUAACUCAGCCUGUUUGCCCCUAUUGUGGGGAUACAUUUCCGCUUGUAUCCUUCCCAUUUUCAUGGACACAGCAUCCAAACUCCAAAUAAAUGUUUUGGGUCCAGUUCCAUACUCUUUUGUAAGAGAAAGCCCAUUUGUUUUAAUAGGCAUAUAGGAAGGACUACAGCCAGGGAUUACAAGGUCAUGUCCUUAAUAUGGGUCAGAAUCACCACAGAAACUGGUAAUUGAUACAUGCUGUACCAAUGCCAGAUCUGUGAAAACUUCCCUACGGAGGUGUACAAGCUGAAAGAAAAUUAGACCCACUUCGUUUUAUCUUUUGUCUCAACCCAUUUUAACUGUAAUGGCUUGGACCUUGUAGGUUCUCAGUGAAUAAUGAGAAUGGCCUAACAAAAAUACAUAUUCUUUGUCAGCCACAAUGCUGCUAAUAUAUCAUUUGUGGCAGGGUCCUUUAUGGUCCCUUCAAGAGACUGGCUAAAAUUGCAAAAAUAGCUGCUCCCAAACUGUGGUCUCUGAGUUAUCACUGAUGAUCCAUAAAAACCAGCGUGGCCCUGUGUGGCUGUCUGUGCUUUGUUUUCAUUUGCUAAUCUGCACUGAAAGAAAAUGAAAACUAUAUGUUACUUAUUUUCAUUAACUUUCAACAUAAUUAUGGCAUUGCUUUACUCAGCUGCCAAGAAAGCAGAAAAUGAUCUGCAAAUCUAGGAAAAGAAGUUGGUUCAUGAGACUGUCAUUCAUUGAAAUGUGCUUUAUAUUGUGAGAAAAACCUGGAAACUCACAGUAGAAAACAAAUGGAUCAAGACCUGCAAGCAUUUCAUGCCAUGAAUUUCUCCAACUUCAAACAGAGGCCCAGAUCUCUGAGAUGUGCUGUGUUCAAGUUAAAAUAAUAGAAGCAUAAUAGUUAGAGCCUAAUGACUCAUCCAAAUUUCAAAAAACUAAUUAUUUAGAAAUGGUUUGCUUUGGAGAUACCACUAGCCUGUCCAACCAGCAAUUAAGAACUAAGAAAGAAACCAAAAAGCUGAGGACAGCAAUUCUCAGCACUGGAAGACAGCUAAGAAACAAGCAACGGUAAAAGCCAAAUGUAAAAAAGGCCUUUAAAAAUACUGUACAAAGAAUUAUAUUUGUGCUUGUCAGUCACAAUGCAGAGGACAUCCCAAGAGGCAAUGUCAAAAAGGCUGUAGCUAACUUGUAAAAAUACAUUUGAUAUUUGCAGUUAGGCCACACAGGGUCGUCUAUAUAUAUCUCAAUUACAGAUAACAGUAUAAAGGUUGGACUGCAACCAACUGCAAUUUUACUGGAAUCUUACUGCUGUUAGUAAGAGUCAUCUGUGAGCCUCAGUCACGCUGCAGAUUUGGUACCAGGAUGUGAUAUUAAGAAUAUUGCUUCAUUUUAAAUGUUUCGAUUUGGCAAAAUGUUAAGGCAUAUGUAUCGGCCUGAGCACUUUGUGGAAUUAUGUGUAAAUGCUGGUUGCAAGCACUGCUCUCUGAGCCACUGUAAGCAGGCUGUAUGUAUCAGGAGUGAAUGGGUGCAGGGAGAUAUGAUUAGUUUUUAAGAGUUCUUAUUAAUGUAUGUUUGUCUGUUUAAAAUGUGGCUACAAAUUAAAAAGUUACGAUGAGUGUGGAGGAUACCAGGGGAAAUGCUACCUGAGUGUCUGUAUUUAUUCAGUGAAGGACAUGUGUGUAGAUAGCUGUUCCAUUUGCCAUGUUCAAUAGCCAGUCUUCAUAAAUAUAGACAGAACAAAGCUCAGUUAAAGAGGUUAAAAGUGGAACAAGACAUGUAUAAUUAUAGUGCUUGAACUUGCUCUUGUAGAAGUGAAUGUCAGCAUUUGUGGCUUGUGAGGGAGCAGGAUCCCGUUUUUGGUUUGAAAGUACACAUGGAUGAGCGUUCACCAGCAUACCCAGAGCUUAGACGAGAGGUCUGGUCUGCAGAAUAGACACAUAAGGAAAUCUAGAAAACAAACUUUUUUGCAUGAGUACCUGCCAUAUUUUUAUUACCUGGAUACCUGCCACGAGGUCUACACUGUGGUUAGGGAACAGAGGAUUAUAUAGCUCGGCUGGAAAACGAAAAAGACUUUUCAGCCUUUUCUUGGUCGAAUCUGGGAUGGGGGGUGGUACAAGGGGUGGAGCAAAAGGGAACAGCUUGAAAAUCUGUAUUUUUUUAUUCUUUGGCCAACGCUGACCUUCAGACUGAUGUACCUAUGCCAACGUGAACCGGCUGAUAGGCUAGUUUGCAGUGCUGGUGACACCGGGGACACUGACGUUCCCCUCUGCAAUCAGUGUGGGCCUAGAACUGCAGCCUACACAUUGGCAUAUAAUGAAUACGCCCGGCCUCUGGUCGCUUUGGAGUAACCUGUCGGCUUUGAGCUCAUCUUUGUGUAGGAGUGAUGUGCCUGGUCUGUAGUAAUUAUCCCAUAUUCCAUGGUGGCACACUAUUUCUUCUGCUGCAGUGUGUUCAUUUGAAUGUCACUACCCAGGAUAUCUGUGCAGCUCUGAGCUGUUUUGGUAGCAAGACUGGAGUCUGCAGUCUGGAAACAAAGGAAAAGUUUCAAUUUGCAUGCUGUAACUGUAGAAAUUUAGUAGUUAAACUAGAAACACUUACUGCUUUUUGCUAAUAUGAAUUUUUGCUUAGCUGUUCAAGUGUCAUGCUUAUUAUUUGUUUGCUGAAUCCAGCUACUAUGUUAGGUUUUUGUCAACAGUGCCCCUGCAGAAAAUGAGAGUCUGAAAGUUUUACUUUAUGUUUAAGUAAACUCUCUGAGGCAGCACAUUCAUAAGGUAUUUUUGCACUUAACUCAGUUGAUUACCCUCCACAUGCCUUACAGAAGCAAGUCAUACCUGUAGUAAUUGCCCAGAUUAUACUGCUUUUCAUUGCCUAUGAGAGUCAAAAUGACCACGUGGCCUGUAACAAGCUGAGGAGUCAGGCACUCCUGGGAUCUAAUCCCUGCUUUGCCACUGUCUGUUCUGUGAUCUAGGGCAAGUCAUUUAAACUGUGUUCAUUUUGAAUGAACUUAAUUCAUGGAAAUCACUGGAAUUGUAUCAGGGUUGAAUCUGACCCUCUGUGUUUCAGUUUCCUCAUCUGUAAAAUGGGGAGAAUAUACCUUACCUACCUCGCAGGGUUGCUCUAAAGAUUAGCUAAUGUUCGUAAAGCACUUAAAAAUGCAAAGACCCUUCUAGGUGCUAAGAAGUAUUACUGAACUCCAGCAGAGAGAAUGUCGUAUUUUCCAAAGCUCCUCAUCUCCCGGAGAGAGGAACACGAAUGUUUCUAGAUCAAGAAAUCUUGGGACAAACCCUCAUCUGUCACACUCUGAGCAGGUUCAUGUCCUGCAUCCUUUGAAGUCAGUGGCAAAACUCCCACCGGCUUCGGGAGAGGGCAGUCAAGUCCUAAACAGUAGUAAACAGGCUGACUAAAUGCAGAAAUGUCAGGCGUAAAGAGAAAACACACAGGAGUCUUAAGUACUUUUCAGAAAUCCUCACGGGUGAUUUGUUUGCACUGAAUGGCAUUGUAACCCCAACGUGGGACCUCGUUGUCCAUUUAGCCAUGGAUUGUACUUACAGCUACUGUAAAACAACGGAGCAACGUUUCCCAUCGGUGUCUGUAAGACUAGGAUUACGUCUCAGCUGCCACUGUGAACUUCUUAUCAGAGUGAAAAGACCUUAAAUAAACCAGGCUUUUAAGUAAAUAUGUGUAAACGCAUUUGGGAACACAAACUUAGAUUGGUCAGACAACCAACCUUCUCAUUUCCACUUCCACUUCCCAAAACCAACAACACUGAGCCAAUCCUCUUCCUCCGUGAAAACUGAACUUAGCUCUUCUUAUCAUGUGCACUCUUCCUUUGCUGUGCAGCCCUGAAUAAUCCUCCUGUUAACCCACUCUGCCCUUCUCCUGCAGAGACUGAUACAAACAGCACCAUUAAGUACAGAGCAAUGCUUUUAAGAGCUCUUCUAACUGGCAUCAGUAGUAGAGACAAAAAAAAAAAAAAAAAGAAAGAAAGAAAUGAGAGGGUUUGAGUGAUUCAUUAAGUUGAAGCCUCUAACCAUUAGAAAUUCAUCCUGUCCAAAUAUAUUCCUAGCUUCUGUUCCACACCCGUAAGUCAGGGCUGCACAACUUCUGUCACCCAAGUUGCAGCAGAGACUUUACCCUCUUCUGCUCAGGUGAGAUGGAAGAUGCCAAGGAGGUGUCACAUGCACUGAAAGAUACAGACCUCCAUUCAAAACAUUUCAAGUGAAACAAAACUAAAUUAUUUUCUCAACUUGCUUAGUCAGAGGCUGCUUCAUUCCACUGCAUUCAGUAAUAAAUUAACGACUGAGGAAACGAAAGCAGCCUUUUGCUCAAAAUCCUCUAUAAGGAAACACCACCAGGAGACUUCUGCUUUCAGGGCAAUUGCUUUGUGGCUGGCCACAUGCAGAAUCGGGAGGCUCCUUAUGUUGGGCUUCACUGUUUCUGCUGAAUGCCUUAGGAUUUGCAGUCGUAGCUGGGGGUUAACAAUAUGGAGAAACAAACAAUUUACAGCAAGUCAAAUCUUUCUAUCUGCUAGAGAUUCAAGCACGCUUUAGUAAGAGGUAUCACGUUUAAGGGUCUGUGCAUGCAAUGAACAAGUGUGAAUUUUCUUUUGUUUGAUUCUGUUGGGGUUUUAUGAAAUUUACUCUUUGUAAACUUUUGGAUGCCGACUGAUGUAUAUGUAAUGACUAUGCAUUUUUAGCAAAAAAGGUGUGAGCUAUGAAUAAAGUUGUUUCUGAGUUCA